AUGAACACCAACGCUUCCCUUCAAGUCUUUGACCUUUCAAGUCUACCUCUUUAUCCCAUUGAUUCCACCAUGGCCGAUCCCUCUUCCACCAAGGCGUCUGCCACCAAGACCGAUUCCACCAUGGCUGAUCCCUCUCCCGCCCAGCCGUUUGCCGCCAAGACCGACACCACCAUGGCCGAUCCCUCUUCCACCAAGCGCAAGUGGAAGACCGACCCUAACUUUGCUGAGUUUCGAGGCAUCCAAACUACCGAAAUCAAGGGAGCCAUGGACAUGCAUCACCAAGUUGAUGCCGCCGCUUGGCAUUCCCGAGUGCUGUACACGGACAAGAAUGGGAAGGUUCUCUACGCUGUCACCGUUGUGAUGCCUUCGUUGGUCUGCCACUAA